AUGACUAGUGAGCUUAUUAUCUAUCAUGAUUUGCCUUUUCGGUAUGUGAAGUACGAGAAGGUUAGGGCAAGAGAUAAAUAUCUAAACCCAAAGUGUGUGCCUAUAUGCCGACAAACCGCUGCUGCUGCUGAUGUCUUCAGGAAAUAUGAGAUGGAGAAAGCAAAGCUCAAAAGACUUUUUGCAAAUCUCAAAAGCCGUAUCUUGGCGUUUUGUGAAAUCAAGCCUCCUCACACGGGUGAUGAAAUAGCUAAAAAGGUGUUGGGUUGCUUGAAGGAGUGGGGCUUGGAAAAUAAGAUGCCAUGUAAUGGAAAGUUCUUACACGUGAGGUGUUGUGCCCAUAUCCUAAAUCUUAUAGUGAAGGAAGGAAUAGAAUUAGCUAAUAGUCUGUUGGAGAAUAUCCGCGAGAGCGUGAGGUUUGUGAAAGCCUCUCAAUCAAGGAAAGAUGCUUUUGCUGCUUGUGUUGAAAGUUCAGGGACUACGGGUAGCUUAGGAUUGUCUUUAGAUUUAUCUACUCGCUGGAAUUCAACCUAUGAUAUGCUCGCAAGGGCUCUUAAGUUCCGUAUGGCGUUUGCUAGUUACAAAGUUUGUGAUAGGAGCUAUAACACGCUGCCUUCAGAGGAAGAAUGGGAACGUGGGCAGAAAAUUUGUGACUUCCUGAAGCCUUUCAGUACCAUCACAACAUACUUCUCAGGUGUGAAAUAUCCAACUGCGAAUAUAUACUUCAUUCAAGUUUGGAAUAUCGAAUUGCUAUUAAGGAAAUAUGCAGAUUGUGAUGAUGAGGAUUUGAGGUUAAUGGCUAGGAGGAUGCAAAUCGAAUUUACAAAGUACUGGGAUGAUUAUAGCAUAGUUUUAGCGAUGGGAGCUAUGUUGGAUCCAAGGUUCAAGACUCAGAUACUCAAAAAAGCUUUUGAUAGGUUAGAUCCAACUACUUCCGAGAAAAAAGUUAAAGUUAUAGUGCAGAAUCUGAAGGAUCUGUACGAAGAGUAUACGAGCAAGCUUGUGACGGGUUCAUCUUCUAGUUCUAACUAUUCAUCAACACCAGAUGACCUUCUUAAUGAAUCACCCCUUGAUGAUGAUUUGAACGCUGAUCUUUUUGAACUUGAAAGGAGUAUUCACCAUGGUUCAGAUAACACAAAGACGAGUUUGGAAUUGUAUUUGGAAGCCGAGGCUUGA